UUCUCGCGCCAAAAAUUGCUGCGCCGCGUAUCAAGGUGAGGACUGAGGUGCUCGUCGCACGAAUCGGCACAACCAAGAUGCGUUCUCCUUGAGUUGCCACCGCCGCGAUCGUGCCAAGCUGCUGCCACCACCGCCGCCGCAUCGAAUCCAACGGAGCUGCCGCCGUGGCUUUGCUUGUCGAGCAGCCGCCACCGCGUCGCCCGUCGAGCAGCCGCCGCCGCCGCCGAAUCCAACAAAGUUGCAAUCGCAGCGUCGCCGUCAGCUUCCGCCGCUGUGUCACAUCCAACAAAGCUGGCUCCAAACUGCGCGUACACGUUGCGAUCUAAGGCGAGGAGUCACGUUCGAUCGCCAUAGUCAAUUGGUGGAGCCAUCCCACAUCUGUUUUCCAAUGGAAAGCACAAACGAGGGAGAUCACCAGGAUAAUGGCAGUCUGAAUACAUCGAGUGCCAUACCAAGUUGGGUACCACAGAUGGGCAUGAAAUUCGGCACUGUCGAUGAAGCAUGGACAUUCUGGGUUACUUAUGGGGGCAAAGUUGGAUUUGGUACUAGAAAGCGAUACCUCAACCCAAGUAAGUUUGAUCGGACAAUCACGUCGUGCAGAUUUGUUUGUCGCAAGGAAGGCCAUCGAGGAAAAGACAAAAGAGAUAAGCAUAUUAAGGAACCUCGAGCUGAGAUUCGAACCGGUUGUCUAGCUCGCAUGGGUCUCACAAUAAACAGAGAAGCGGGAAAUUAUGAAGUAACCGAUCUUGUUCUAGAGCACAACCACAUUAUGCAGUUGCAAGAAACAUGCCACUUUCUGCCAUCACAGCGAAAGAUAUCUGAAAUUCAAGCUUUUGAGAUUGAAAUUGCAGAUGAUUCAGGUAUUGGGCCAAAAGCUGCGUAUGAGUGUGCUAGUCGUCGAGUUGGUGGACCAUCUGUUCUUGGCUAUAUACGUAGGGAUCACAAAAAUCACCUACGUACUAAGCGCCAAAGGGAACUAAUGUAUGGUGAAGCUGGGAGUAUGUUAAAAUACUUUCAGGAUAAAGUCGCCCAAAACCCAUCGUUCCAAUAUGCCAUACAGCUGGACAAUGAAGAACAGAUCACAAAUAUAUUUUGGGCUGAUGCAAAAAUGUUAAUUGAUUAUGCUCAUUUUGGUGAUGUGGUUACUUUUGACACAACAUUUGGAACCAACAAGGAACUUAGGCCAUUUGGUGUAUUCGUUGGGUUCAAUCAAUUCAGACAAACUGUUAUAUUUGGUGCUUGCCUUUUAUAUAGUGAAACAUAUGAGGCUUUCAAAUGGCUAUUUGAAACUUUUCUCUUUGCACAUAAUCAGAAGCAUCCAAGAACUAUAUAUACAGAUCAAGAUGUUGCAAUGGGAAAUGCGGUUGAGGAUGUAUUUUUAAUGGCACGGCAUGGUUUAUGCACGUUUCACAUAAUGCAGAAUGCCAUCAAACAUUUAUCUUGUCAUAAGAAGGAGGAGGAGGAGUACUUUGUUAAUACAAAUAGCAUGCUUGGAUGCUUCAGUGCUAAACAUUGCAGUAGCACUUCAGUUUCAGUUCUACAAAUUUCAGUACUCUAUUCAGAGUAUAGUGAAACAAGCAAGUUGGUGGAUAGCAGAGGUCCGUUGGAUGAGAAAGCAGUGAACGAACGGCCGAUUGUGGCCCGUACGGCAGUUCUGCCGUGCGUGAAGGCACGGCAGACGAGCCGCGUCCCGGCCGGCCACGAGAUGAGAAUCUCCGGGGGCGCCGAUCCAACAGUGGCACCGUACGUACGUGCAGAAACGGCACAGGAGAAAGACUGGAGGGAGGGAGAGCUGUGGAUGCUGAACUGA